AUGGCCGUCGACAACCCGCCCGCGAGGGGCCACCCUCCUGAGACUUCUACUGCCUCAGCUUUGUCCGAAAAGUCCGUCCGACCAUCAUCCCAUGCCGCCGUCACCACCACUCCCGAGCUGCCAAGUCCCAGGAACUUCAGGUCCCAAAGUCUAGCACAUCACGACCGCAGCCCACGGAUCGUCACGGCUUUGCCCAUCAAGCGGAAGCCGCUGUCGGCGAGCGCUUCACCAUUGGCUCGUCGCUUUUCACAGUCGUCUCAGUACUCGCAGCCAUCUCAACACACCUUCUCGCCGCCCUCGCAGCACUACCUCGACAUCUUGGACGAGCUGCCGUCGCCGCCGCUGAUGUUGGACCAGCUCGCCAACCGAACAUCGCGCUCAUAUUCUAUCGACAGCCCGACUGUCUAUGAUUUCCCAAGUGCCAAGGUUCCUCCGUUGAUGCCGCUGGUGCCUGAGGGAGGCCUCGUCGAGGAAUUUCCCGCCGUGCCGGCCGCUGGGCCAGAAGCUGGGUCCCAAGGUUGGGACGACGCUCAGUCACCUCUUGGUCGAAACAUUCCAGACUUCAACCCUGCAGCUCUUCAAACACAAAACGACCCUACCAGUGCUUUUCAAAUUCAGGGCUUCAUCCCAAACGAGCCAGAUUUGGACGUCAUCCCCAUUCGGGGUGCAUCGCAACUCCACCACGACAGUGAGCCUGUCGACGUAGAUCCGGCACUUCACAGUAAGCAGCUCGGCGACCAAGCCAGUAAUAUUAAUACGACCCAACCCAACAGAAUGUCACUGUUCUCCCGCAAGCCAUCACCACCACACCUCAAGCUUGAAAACACCAAGGAUAUUCAUCAACAAAACUCAACUGCUGCUGUCGUUAUCGCCGAACCAUCCGAUCUUGUUCCUCUCGCUCUCGCACCUGCGCCAGCACGAGUAGCUGCAGCGACAGAGAACGCCACCUUUAACAAGCAAGAUCCCGCUACCGACGCCUCUGUAAUUGCUCUUUCAAACCAAACAUCUGAUAAUCUUAAUGCAAAUAAGCCACUUCCUCCCCUCAAGUCUCCUGGAUCUUCGAGGUUAGGGAGCUUUUUUGGCUGGACGUCAUCGUCGCCGGCCUCAACCGCUUUCUCGGACAAGGGCUUCUCUCCCUUGCCAUCGCCUUUCUCACAGAGGACUACCACAGUAUACACAGAUGAAACCCCGGCGUCCGCAAGACCAGAACCACUUACUGCAAAAGCCGCUAUACAUGCCGGCCCUUCGAACCAAACCACCCCCCUCGAAUAUUGCGAAGACUACCUACAAACACCGCCCACUACCACAGUGUCGCCGGACAGUCAGAUUGAGGACAUGGAGGACGAGCUCAAGGCCAUCAGCGCCGAGCUGGCGGCCUCCAUCCGGCGUGAAAUGGACCUUGAGGACCUAGUUGAACGACUGCAGUCCCAAGUCGGCAGUCGAGGCGAACCAGGAAAGAGAACCAGUGAUUACUUUUCCGACUCGGGGUACAGCUCUGCCAAGGCAUCCGAAGCCGAUGCCAGCAGAGAAGAGGUCGCCCAGGUCCAGCGUCGGGCUGAGCAGGAGAAGGCUCAGGUCCGCCUGGAGUUGAGCCAGAAGCUGAACGAUGAGCGUUCAAGAAGGAGAGAGUUGGACCUCCAGAUUAAGGAGCUCUCGUUAAGGGCAUCCAAGAUGGGAGAGGAGCAGGCUCAAAGAGGCUUAGUGUCCGAUACCGACAGUGCUGACCGAGUAAAAGAGCUCGAGUCAUCGUGCGAAGAUUUGAGGAGAAGGCUAUCAGAGGAACGUGAGGUCAAGGAUAACUUUCAAGACCUGUUGGAUGCCCUCAAGGGCGAACUGCAGAGCGCCGCCAAUGAGCGUGAUAACCUUCGUGACGAGGUAGUUCCCCAGCUCAGGGCUCGCGUCGAGGGUCUCGAGCAACAAGCAGCCGAGUACUCCAAGUCGACAUACGAAAGUACCAAGAUUCAGCAAGAGCUUCAGACACUUCAGGAGGAGAACGCAAGCCUGCGAGCUUUGAAGCAAAACCGAGAGUCGCAAAGGUUCGAACCUAAUCAAACAAGGAUGUCACGUAUCGCCCGCUCGUCGUCAGUGAGCACUGUGAACUCCACCUUCAAGCUUCAACAAGCACCUCUUGGCCGCUCCAAUACUGUGAAAGGACCCCAGGGCCAGCAGUUCGAGUCGCGUGAGGCCAUGUCGGAACGUCUCAAGGAUGUCGAGGCGCAACGUGAUGCCUUGCACAGCGCACUCAAGAAUCUGCUCGAGAGGCAAGAGUUCCAGAACCGCGAGAACGAAAAGAAGAUUCGCGUUCUUGAGCAGGAGCGUGCUCGCUUGUUGGCAACAUCGCCAAAGAAGGCUGGCUACGAACGUGACGUGUCCAAUCUGAAGGAUGAAAUUGCUAUGCUGCGGAAACGUGCCGAGGAAGCUGUCGAACAGAAGUGGCAGGUUGAGAAGGGCCUGGCUGGCUUGAAGAUGGAUCUUGACCGCGCCGAGGAGGAGAUCGCAGGUUUGAAGAGCCUGCUUCGCGAGAAUGACAUUCUUAUUCCUGCUGCCUUCACAAGGCCGUUGAGCUCUCCUGACAGUAUUGAAGGGGACGCCAGCCCUGUCACCUCCGCCUCUCUGCAGAAGGCUUACCAAGACUUACGGGACUCUUAUGGCCAGGCACUAGAGCGGAUCAAGAAGCUUGAACUGAGCUCCGUGGAGACGGAUGCUUUGAACAAGCUCGAGGCUGCAGUUGCAGCUGAUGAUAGCCGGCCCUCACAAGCGAGCCUUGAGGCCCAGGUUAAGGAGUAUCUCGAGACGGAGAAGGACCUAGCUGAUCAGCUCCAUGCAUCGGCAAGGCGAGUCGAAGAGCUUGCCGCACAGGUGCAAGCGCAGCUGGCUACAAAUGCCACGCUUCGUUCGCGUCUGACUGAUGCUGUAACACGUGGCGAGGCCAACCAGCAAACCAGCAAGGAACGCAUCACAGGUCUUCAGCGCCGGCUCAAGGAACUCGAAGACGAGCUCUCAUCUACGCAGAGCGCUGCCGAGGACCGCAUCGCACGCCACGAGGAGGAGAUCAAGCAACUGCGUGAGGCCAACAAUGGACACAUACAAAGACUGAGGGAUGCGGCUGGUGGUCUCAAGAGCCCAUUGCCAAAAAGCCCCGGUCUCAGAAGCCCUUCUCAGCGAUUAUUCCCCCCACGGUCACCUUUGUCACCUUUGUUUGCCAACGGUGCCAGGUCUCCUCGCUUUGCCAACAUCCCUGUUUCGCGACCUGGUUCAUCGGGUCUCAACUCUGCGCGGGGCCCCAAGUCCCCUGGUAUGGCGGGUGAGGAGGACCAAGCGGCACAGAUUGAGAAGCUCCGGCUUCGUGUCGCCGAGCUCGAGAAGGCGCUCAAUGAGGCCGACGCCGAGAUGCAAGAAGUCGUCAGCCGCAUGAACAUGGCCCAGAUCGAAGUACUGCAAUUGCAGGAAGACCGCGAGCAGGCCAUCCGAGAGACACGGAAGCUGCAGCGCCAGAUUGACGAGGAGAAGCUCAAAGUCUUUCAAGACCGCUUCCGCGACUUGGGUGGCAGUGGCAUGGCCUAAUUAGUUUGUUGGCUUGAUACCAAUCCAUGACAUGUUCAGUGUUCUCGAAUGGACGCCUGUGCGCACAAGACCUCAACAAAAAUUCUAUCAAAGUAGCAGCCUUUUACCCCUCUCUCUUAUAUUUGCAUCAUGAUAUCCGGAGUUAACUGCAUGAGUAUAACGAUAUUUUGGGCCAUGGGUUUUGCGGGAUUUUCCUUGUUUCUUUUUCUUGGAUCCAGACGAAAAAUUGCAUGUACUAACAAGCGACUUAUUGUCGUGACUUGUCACAUAACUCAUAACUCUAUUUCUUGAAUAAUGCUAUUUACCCCAUUAGUCCAAUA